CUCGGUAGUCCCGAGUCAUAUUAAAGAUUCGUUCAAAAUGAACGAAUCGUUCAUGAACGACACAUCACUACUGUGGUGAAUGCAGCACUGAGACACAUGCUCUGUUUGUUUUGUAGGAAAGCAUGGCUGGACAGAAAUUGUCAGUUGAGGAGCAAAGGAGAAGAAAUAGAGAGUACCAACGAAAGAGAAGAGAAAAAUUAAACCGUGACCAAGAGAGCAAGCAUGCUAUGCAAGAGAAGGAAAGACAAAGGUGGAAGAAGAGAGUUAAAGACAAAAAAGUAAUACAAAUAGACGAGAUGGGAGACAGGGCAAAGAGGAAUUGGAGAAAGUAUUGGAGAGAGGCACAGAAAAGGUCCAGAGAGAAAAGAUCCAAUGAAGAUGCAGUGCUGAAGGCACACACCCCUCCAGAUAGUCCGCAAGAUCAGGAUAUUCAAGAAUACAACCCAAGAGCAAGACAAAAUCCAUGUUCAGUGGAAGCAGUGGGAGAGAGUUCAAGAAGAGACAGUCAAUGGAAUCCACACUAAACUCGUCCAACACAGUGGCAGUCUUUCAGAGCUCAUCAAACUCUAUGAGCAAAUACUCAGAAAUGAAACCACAACACAUGUGUGUUUAGUGCAAAACCAGUCAAAAGCAUACAGAAACACAAUUGAGACUUAUGAAGAAAGUACAGCAAUUGUUCACGUUGACUUUUCAGAAUCCUGGAGAUGCAAGUAUCAAUCUGAAGUACAGGCCUGCCAUUUUGGACAAAAUCUGCCACAGAUAACGCUACACACCGGAAUGUAUUACAUUAAGGGUGGAAAGGCAGGGUUUUGCACACUUUCAGAGUCAAAGAGACCGGAUGCUGCAGCAAUCUGGACACACAUGGAUCCAGUCCUAAAAGAUAUCAAAACGAGAUAUCCACAGGUCACCACCGUGCUCUUUUGGUCUGAUGGUCCAAUUAAACAGUAUAAGAACAAAAAUAUAUUUUUUUCCUUCUGUCUUGUAUCCCCCCUACACUUGGGUUUGAAAGAGCAACAUGGAACUUCUUCCGCACUUCCCAUGGUAAGGGCACACCAGACGGCAUUGGCGGAACAGUGAAGAGAACAGCUGACAACCUGGUCCUGAGAGGAGAUGAUGUGACAGAUGGACACACAUUCUUUGAAAAGGUCUCAAACAGUCUGAAGAGCAUUCAGCUGUAUCACAUUGCAGAAGAAGACAUGCAAAGAUAUGAUACACUUCUGAUGCAUCCUCUCAAACAGGUUCCCUCAACCAGACGAAUACACCAGGUCAUCCCACAUGAGAACAGGAUCCAGCACAGACAAAUAUCCUGCUUUUGCAGCAAGAUGUUGGUUUGCCAGUGCUUCAGCCCAGCUACCUUCUAUUUCCAUGGCUACCCAGAGGAACAGCAGAGUGAUACAAGGAGGGCAGGGAAGAAAAGACCUUUGGCCAUGUUGUUGGAGGAGAUGGAAAAAGAGAUGGGAGGGGGGGAAGAGGAUAUGGAAAUGGAAGAUGUAAUGGAGGAGGAGUUGGAUGAGGAGCCUCUGAAAGGUCCUGAGGGUACUGUGACAGUGACGACUGUUAGCAGCCUUAAUAAUGGAGACUGGCUAGCAGUAGUAUAUGAUGACCACUGGUGGCUAGCCAAGACCAUUGCUGUGGAUACUGAGCAUCAAGAUGUAAAAGUGGAGUUUCUGCAUCCCCAUGGUCCAACAGCAAAUUAUCAGCCUAAGCUUCUCACAAAGGAUGUCUGUUUCUGCCCAGUUAAAGACAUCAUAGUGAAACUAAUGGGAAAUGCAUCACCAGUCAAAUUAAGAAAACGAGAGAUCUACAGCAUAGCCCCUGAUGUGAUGGACUUCAUAGAGCGUGUGCAUGUCCGACGCCUGCUGCUCAAGGCAUAAGCGCAGGUUAGACAAAAAUGAAAUCUUAAGUAAGCUAAUUGAACCUGAUUCUAAACUACAGAUUAUAUGUUGCAGUAUUGUUGUCAAGGAAUGUCAAUGUAAGAUCACACCCAGUAUAAAGUAGGCAGUGCAGGGCAAUCACACAUCCAACACACCCAAACGCACACACACACACACACACACACACACACACGCCACUUUAAAGUAAAUGGCUUCUUACAAAGGAGGAAAGGAAGAGGUGGAUGAGAAAAAGGAGAGCAGGAAGUGGUAUAGGGGAGGUAAAUGAAAACAGAGGGGGAGGAGGGCCCCUGGUUUCCCUUAUUGUUUUUUUUUUGAUAGUUGGAAACGGUGUAUGUGCAAUAUAUUUAUAAUAGUUUGCUUUACAGUAAGUUCAAUACUCUAAUAACAAGGAGUAGUUUUAGUAGUAGUUUAAAGAGCACAUCUGUUCAAUAAUCACAAUGCACACAUAUUUUUUGUCAACAGCGUUGGAUAUAUGUUUUUGUUAAUUUUUUGGGGAAAAAAAUGUUCUUCCUUCAGUUUGUUGUUUUUGUAAUAAAGGACCAUCUGAUCUACAUCUUAUGUUUUAUUUAUUUAAGGAAUUUGUUUUUACAAUAUUGAAAUUAAAAUCAAAGUUUGAAAAUGCAAAUAUUUAGAAAUCUGAGUUUUCAGAAUAGUGUGAAAUCACAACUUAAGUUUAUAUAUUGUAUUUUUUUUUACAUAUCAGAGUAACUAAACGUUAUUACAAUAUACUUCAGAACUUUAGAUUCUUGUUGGAUUGGAAGAAUUAAAAUUGUAAACUUUUUUAGUGUGUCUGACGGAGUUGACACAAAUCCAGUUCUGAAGGGAAACAUGUUUAUUUGUUAAAAAUGUGUUUUUAUUUAGAACCUGUUCCUUUACAUGGUUAAAUAGCGAAGACCUUUCU